AUGGGAAAACAAAUAGAAAUAAGACAAGUGAUCAAUAAGAGUAGAAAAAAUGCUAAAAAAAUCAGAGAAGUAUCAGGAGACUCAAAUUCAAUUCUUACAUUAACUCCAGUACAUGUUAUGUUAUUUGCAUUUUGGUUAAUUUUCAGUGUUUCAAUUUUGCAUUUAAUAACUAAAUUCCUUCCUAGUGUUUCUCCAAUACAAAUAUUUACUUCAGUGAUUGUUGUUGUUAUUUCAAUAGGAAUGUUCGUGAAAUUUAAAUAA